UGGUUUGAGCGUUUUUUUCGGGAAAAGUAAACACGAAAAGCGAUAAUUCGAGCCGUAAAUGGGCGUGUGUGUGAGUGCGCGAGAGAGAAUGAUUACAGCCGAGUUUAUUGUGGUUGAUCGCGUGUGUGAGAAAAAAAGGAAGGAAUUCGGCUUGAGUGAUCCAGUGACGCAGCAGAACAAGUAGUGGCGGCGGUGGCGUCGGGGCCGAACCACUUGGGGGGCGUGUAAUCAUCCAUCGGGGGAUUGGGUGUGUGUGUGUUAAUAUCACUUUCAUUCUUGCUUUUUACACACACGCGUGGCCAUCCCCUUCGCGGACGAUAUGGCGCCCCCAGAGCCACACGCAAUCAGCGGGCGAGCCCUCGGAAAAGCGUGAGUGAGCGAGCGAGCGAGCGAGUUGUUGGAGUUUGGUGUGAUUGUGGUUUGGUGAAUUGUAAGUGAAGAUCGCGCAAAGAACAACAAGUGCCUACUACGAAAAAGGGAAGUCGCCGCCACCGACGGAUCGUUCACGUGGGAUUCAUUCGCCGUUCCCGGUUAAAUUCUUGCAAAUUACACAAAAUUCUAUUUCAUGUACCGCUACCCAACUACCGCUUGAAUGAAUGAUUCCCCUCCGAAAUGAACCACUCCCGGAUGAACGAGCGAUGAACCCAUCUGGCAAAGCGUGCAAUAAGGAUAGCUCUAUACGGUCGUGCACCGUGCGAGAGCAGGAUGCGUACGUUUCGGGCUCCGGUCGGCCGACCAGAUUCGUCGGUCGCUUCGCAAUGCCGACGCACACAGAGGCUCGUCACUUGGCCCGCGGACGCUGGAGCGCUUUGCGUACAAACUGGUAUAACGCCAACCCGUCGGACAACGCUUGAAACCAUCGUCGAGCAUGCAUGCAGGUGUAUGCUGUGCUGUGUACUGUGUUGGUGGUGAUAUCGUACAACGCGCGUCCUUUUCCCAGUUGAAGGAUUGCGUGCGGGAUUGAUUGUGCAUUCUUCCUCUAACGAGUGUUGUGUUGAAUCGACUGCAAAAAAAGAAAAAGAAGCGAUAGUACACGUGCAAGGGAAAUUGUGCUUUAAUCGAUCAUUAGUGUGUAACGUACGAGUCGUGUGUGGACGUCGACAAAGCACACAAACAUUCGUGCUGUGGCUGGUGAAGUGUUGUGUCCUGUAAAAGUGAAGAGGGAAAGAGAGAGAGCGACAGAGCAGUGCGUGAAUUGGCGUCAGUUCGCCAACGGAAAAUGGAAGUGAAAUUAAAUUUGUCUCAUUAAGGGCUGAUUGGAUUUUUUAGCGCACUAUAAGAGCAGUGGCGUGGGAGGGUGUAUUGGUGUCUCUAUGUGUGUGUGUGCGGUGGGGUGUGUAAAUACCGACCGAAAGUGUCCAUUUAUGUCAUCUCCCGGGUGGCGGUGCCAUAUGCUGUCGCUCAAAGUGCCACCGUGUUUCGCUAUUUAAUUCCAUUCGACGUGAAUAGCUUCUGUUCUAGCAGCAACAGAAGAGCCAUUUGGUGCGCGAGAACGAGUGUGUGUGUGUGUGAGUGUGUCGUCUCUAUCUAUCUAACGAUCGGGGAGUCGGGAAUCGAAAUCAAAUCAAAUACGAUCGAUCAAAGAAGAAAAUAAAAACGAAACGAGUGGUCUGUUGUAUCGUGAGUAGAAAGAAGUCUCGCCAAGAAAGUCCCAGGCGCACUGGGGAAUUGAAUUGAACGUCCGCAACGCCUCACGCCCCGGAGGACGACGAUGACCAUGUCGCAUCUACUGAAGCAAACGAAAAAAUGCUGCGCGAAGAUAAUUCGCAAACUGUCCUUCAAUCCGGUCUCGGCGACGAACGGCAGCAGUGGUGGGGCCGACCAUUCACCGACCAACAAUGGGCACGGGUUGAACAAUCGCAUCACGACGGCCAAGUACGUGCUGCACAAGAACUGCACGCCGACCCGGUGCAAGGUGCAGCCGCGGGACGGAACCGUCGUGGACGAUGGCGCCGUCGAAGGCUGGAUGGCCGCGGACACGCGCAUGGCCCCGGACGCGCACGGUGCCUUCUAUCCCCUCGGGGAGGAACGGUCCUCCUCGAACCCAUCGCCACCGCCCAUCCCCGAGACGCAGAACAACUACAAGCUGAGCCGAAGCAUGAAGAACCUGCCGAAGAAGCGCACCAACAUCACCGCCAACAAGAACGUGAAUCUGCGCAAAUGCUUCCGAUUGCGCUCCAAGACGUUUGACGGACCGUUGGCCCUGGAGGGUGGCGAUGGCGGUGGGCGGACGAUGCAGGAAAGUACGCUCGGAAGCACCCCCUCGAUCGUGGAAGGCGGAAACCACCAUCGUAGUGAAGGCGUUGGAGGCGAACGGCGUGAAACGAUGACGGCGGCUGACUCGAUGACACUGGCGAGCAACAACAGCAGCAGUCGGCUGAUCGGAGCGAAGUUGGACAAGAUCAGCAAGAGUCUGAUGCGGUCCGGGGAUGGGGAGGGUAGUACGCUCGACAUUGCCAAGCCACUGUUCCUGUCCGCGAGCAAACAUCGGCGCAGCAACUACAACCACAUCGAGGGAUGCGAUGAUGACGAUGCGGUGAUAAGAGGAAACGAUGCCAACGGGCACUGGAGGCAAGAGGAAGAGCUGGUACUGACAUCCGCCACGGGGACAUCCGCUCUCGGCAGGAGAGAGUCCCGCUUGGAGCAGGAAACGACCCUCUCGACGAUGGUGGAGGAGCAAGACCCGGCGGCGGCGGCGGCCGAACAGACGCCGUCGGUGAUGGAGCGGCUGACGGUGGCGGAGACGGCGGCGGCACUGCUCUUCGAGAAGGUCAAGUACGACCGCACCAAGCGCUACCUGAUCGACCAGCUGACGGACGGUGGAGGCGGGGGAGGAGAGCACGGUGCCGCCAGUAGCCCGCCGAGCGCUUCGUCCUGCUGCCCGUCCCCGUUCCAUCUGGCGAAGAGUGAGGACUUUGUCGAUCCGUGGAAGAACUACAACAUCCGGCCGAGUGGGACGGGCUGGGACAAGGUGUCCAAAAGCCCGUGGGAUUCGUCCGCCAAGCCGAGCCCGGUGCGCGGCGAACUCAGCAAAGCGCCGCUGACGCACACGUUCGUGGCGAUCCCGCCGCACCAGCAACAGCAGCACCAGUCGCAGCACCAAACCUCCCUACCGUCCUACCAGCCGAUGCGCACCCAUUGGAACCCGUUCGAGUACUCGCCGGCACAUCUCGCCCGGCUUGCCGCGGCCGGAGUCAACGCCCAGACGACUCCUCCGCCACAUCAGCAGCAGCAGCAAUACCGGCCAGCGUUCCAGGUGCAGACGGACGUCUGGGAGAACCUGAACAGCAAGCACUACGAGAUCGACACGGACGUGGUGUGGCGGUCGACCCGCUGCUCCUCCCGCCGUACCAGCGCCAGCACGGUCGAGACGUGGAUCGACGACGAAACGUUCGACAACUCCUUCAACGAGGAGCUGGAGCGGCGCUGUGCUACGCUGAAGAUUUGCGAGUGAGCUGCGAGUGCGUCGCGGAACAACCGUCGGGAUCAGAUUCCGUCCACCAGAGGCAUAUAUUAGAGGGGUUCCGAGGGAGACAGAGAGAGAGAGCAGCAGCAGAGCGAGAGUGGUCACUCCUUCUCUUCCAUUUUGUGCAGUUUUAUAGGGUUUUCCAGGAGUUCUCAUGUAAAGGGGAAUUGGACUGUAUAGCACCCUUGUUGGACAAAUCCAAUAGGAAUUUCCAAGGAGCCUGUUCGAAACGGGUGUCAUAGAGUCCAAAUUUCCAACUAUGAGAACCCCUCCAAAACCCUGUGGAGUGUGUGUGUGUGUGGAAGAUCUUUUGAAGUGAAUGUGGCCAACAUCUCGCAACUGUCUCUCUCUCUCUCUGUGCCUCUUUCUCUCUUUAUUUAUGUCACAAUGCGGCAAUAUUAGAUAUCUCCGGAGGACAAGCCGAGUCAAGGGUGGUUGUCACGGGCCAGUGUAAAAUGGGUGCAGUUGGUGCCAUUAGUGGGGAACCUUAAACGUAAACUAGCUAAAUGGGAGGAAGAACGAAGGAUUUCUUUUUUACACAUGAUUUUCUUUUGUGAUAUAUCGUAGUACCAGUAUGCGCGUGUGUUUUUUAGUUGUUUUUUUUUUAAUUGGUUUAGAAUUCCUGCUUUAAUUAACUCUUACCAGUGUGGCGUUGUUAAGUGCUUAGCUUUUAAGGAGUCGAGGGGUUUAAUCAAAUAGCAACUGUAAGAAUGAUACCAGCAUAGAUAGAAGAACCAGAGUGCGUGCUAUAAGGAGGAAACAGCAACACGAGCAGCAUGCAGAAUAUAUAUUUAUAUCGACAAACACAAGAGGGAAAGUAGAUCUCACGCAGACGACAAGUGCGCUUUCGCUUCAAUUCGGGUGUGUGUGUGUAAAUACGUUUUGUUUUACUAAUUCGUAAGUCAUCCUUUUAACCUUUAUUAUCGACACAAGCCGCCGCCACCAUCAAGAGUCGUGAUAGAAGGAUUGCGGGCAGGAGGAGCUUGGGGCCAUAUAGAAACAAAAGAGAGAGAAUGAGAGAGAGAGGGAGAUGAUGUUGGGUUGUCAGGAGAACACACACAGUAGGCUGUAGACAACACACAACGCCACCACCACCAAGCAGCUUUAAUUAAGGUCCGUUUUGUUUGCUGUGUGUGGUUACGUUAAACGCUCCUUGCCUCAAUUCCUUCUGCUUUUUCUUCUUGUUAUUUAAUCUUCCGUAAAAAGAAAAGAAAACAAACACGCGCGGAAAAAGAGAGACACUAUACUCAACACGUGGGAAAGGGUUAGGACAGAAAUCACAGCAAACAACAAACAGCACACGCAGUAACAGUAAUUACUGCUUCUCGCCGCUUCUGAAGAGAUUAACGAACAACACGCACAGAGAGAGAGAGAGUGAGAGAGAGCCAUUAACAACAACCACCACUAUCCGUGAUUUGUGUGAAAAAGGAAAAUUGGAAACAAAUGGAAGAAGCGGGUCGGGAGUAAAAACCCGAAGGAUUGCCUAAUAGAGGGAUCAAGUUGGUGUGUUGUGGGUCUUCCACCUCAGCAGGGAAAGGAUAAUUAUCGGGAAGCUGCCCGGUACAGCAAUUGCUGGGUGCGACGGCUACCGAUGGGAGAAGAACCCCCGAGAAGAAGAGGAAACGUGCAAAGCAAAGCGAGUAGAAUGGGUUUUGAUCGAUCUUAGUAAGGCGCUUGGUGGUGGUGGUGAUGUAGGCUCCGUUGCUAUGGUGUGCAAUGAUCCCCAGCGCGGUUGCUUGAUCUUCUCAUCUCAGUUGUGAAAAGGGUGACGACGACGACGAGAAUCGAGAGAGGAAACCUGUUUAGGAGCUAAUCCAAUAAAUACUCCGAAUAGGAGGAGAAUGAAGAACCCUGCGCGCUCCUUCACACCUCUUUUGUCCCUUUUUUUUGGGGGGUAUCAUGAAAAAUGGGAGUGUGAUUAUGAUUCUGUCUAUGUUUAUAAGAAAAGCACCAGUCGCUAGUAUUAGAAUUGUAUUAGGAAGGCCAGAGAGGAGGCGAAAAGAAAGAGAAGAUUAUAAUGAUUAUAAUAAUAACAAUGAUAAUACAAACUCACUUACACUAAAGUGCGAAAAUUAA